AUGAUAGUAGACCAAGAUGUGCCGCUGGAAACGAACUGCUACUACAACUACGCAUAUAUUUAUGGUAAUAAAGAAAUAGUAAGAAGGAUACUUCAAUCCAAUAUUGAUCUGUAUGAUAGAGAUGAAAUUGGUCAGUGCCCAAUACAUUAUUUGGCGAGAAACGAUAAUGACGGUGUCAUUGAUGAAUUGUAUGGUAAGAAAUUUGAGGUGGAUGCACUGAAUAAUGACGGAGAAACUCCUUUGAAUUACGCCGCAUCAGCUGGACUUCCAUAUACAGUGGAAUUUUUAUUGAAUAACGGGGCAAAACCGAACACUCUAAAUUUUUAUUCCAGAACACCGUUAUCAGCUGCUUUUUCAUCAGCGAAAUAUAUAUCGGUUGAGGAUGGGACAAGGUAUCAAGAUGUGGUUGAAUUGCUUCUCAAGCAUGGAGCAGACCCGCAACUACAACCUCCUGGAUUUGAGGAUAUUUUCGAAACAGCGUUGGAGUAUCGUUUGCUUGUCCUUCUUGAGUCUGUUAUAUCACAUUUAGCAUUACUGGAGAAACAAGGGAUGGCGAUCAUUAGCGAGCACAACGCUCGAAUAAUUAAUUCCCAUCCAAUAACCAGCAAUUUUUUCAAGAUCUGUCGACAACAACUGACUAAAUUAGAGACAGUUAAGAUUAACGAUUCAUUAACGUUUUACCAAUUGUUGAUUAGCAGUGAUACGAAAAUCCAACAGUAUGCCCGAGAUUCAAAUAUUAUCUCGAUAAUAAGGUCCAUUUGUAAGAAUGAAGAAUUCUACUGGCCAUACGGUUGUAAGAUUCAAGAGUUUUGA